GGGUCAUCUUUCAGAGCGGAAGGUUCACGUGCCCUGGGCUGAACUUCGAGAGUCGCUGCGACAUCGUUUCGGAUAGCCUGCGCCGUCCCUGGUGAAAUCCACCCUAUCGUUGAAACCAUUGACUGGGUUGCGACCACCGAAAUGAUUGGGCCAUAGAGAUUGCCUACAUCGGACACAAAAAAAAACGAACCAGCGUAUUUGGGAUCGAUCACCCGCCUGGUUCGAUCGUCCCCACAUCGGGACGUCGCCUGUCAUGGCUUUCCCACAGCAAGGAUUGUCGCGCACCCUGCCCAAGAACUUUACCUUCCCCUCAAUGAGUUUCGGUGAGCCACGGACCCCGGAACGGUCGUCAAUUCAACUUGAAGUUCCGCCUCCCCCGCCCCGUCAUGCUAGUUGUCGCUGGCGGAGAUCCCGCGCCCGCUCCGGGUCCGACAUCUUUGCGCAAGUCGAAUACGACCGCAGCACCGUCCGCUCCACCUCCCCCGAUGUCCCCCUCCCCUCAAUUGAAAUCCCCCCUAGUUGUGAGCCGGCCGAGAACCCCUCGUCCUCCAUCCCCCCGCCCCACAAUGUUCACCUCUUGGCGCCGCCCCGGCAUCGCGUGGCCUUGAAAACUCCCCCGGCCCAGAUCCGUCCCGACCCCGCCGACCCCCCACCCACCGAUUCCUGGCGGUCCGACGAUCCCCAGCUGUGGGGCGACGCCAUUGAACGUCCGGGAUCCGCGUGCUCGCAUGCGUCGGACUCCUCCAUCUCCUCGAUUGAAACCUACGCCUCGCGGCGCUCCGUGGGCGGAAGCUGCACCAGCAUGGAAAGCGAUUCCUAUGACCCGUUCUUCCACCUGGAAAUUGCCCCCAAGCCGCUCGCAGACUCGCCGCCGCUGCCCCGGAAACCGUGGAGGCCCCGCGGUCUGCGAUCCAAGGAGAAGUGGACCCUGGACAUGGACAACCACCUCUGGAACACCUACCAGCUCUAUAUCCAGAACCCCCUCAUCACCCCUUUCAAGAUGACCCCCGGCAGUAUCCCGCCGCUGGGCGUCACCCACCGGGUCGCGCGCGAGGCCAAGAGGAACUGGGAACGAAAGCGCUUUCGGCUCACCCAGCACCCCUCCGCCGGCCCCUCUGCGCCCGCGCAUCAAUCGCGGAGUGGAGAUGCGACCCCGACGCCCAAAGCGGAACCAGCCACGCCCAUCUGGCCCCGGUCGGAAGCCGCCACGCGCCGCAGACUCAAACUGCUCUGCAAACGCAAGUUCUCCAUUGCGCCGCACUACCAGCGGAUGAUGCAGUCCAAAAGCCCGAGCCCGGCCCUGGACCUGUUGCCCCGCAUCGAGCCCGAAAGCGCGGGCAACAACGCCGCCUAUGCCACGCGCGACCUGGGGGUCUCUCUGGUCACGAGUUCCGUUCCCACUCCCCUAUCGCAGCUGGCGGCGGAGGGACCGUCUCAUAUGACAAACCCCGAAUGGCAUCCUCUUCCAUCUGCUGAACCCCGUUCGCUCCCGCCCAAGUCGUGGAGCUUCGACGAACAGGAGAUGGAGGCGCCUCGUCUCGGGUCCCCGUUUGCGUACAAUACAUGGGGCCCGAACACCUCCCGCCACCGAAUCCAUCGCCCGGGCUCCCGCCGCGAGACCAUCCAUGUGACGGGCGCCCGGCUGCGAUCGCUACCGCGCAUGGAUGCGCUCCCGACUGCGGAGCACCAGCACGGUGCGGUCCCUCGCAACGAUCUUCCUGCGGACGAGUCGCCGGCACAAGACGAAACGCAACGCCACCUGGAAGAAUUAUUCCGCCAGGGCAAACUCAACGACUUUGGCCAGCGCCGUAUCCGACUGCGAACCCGCGGGGCGACGACCAGCGCGGUGCAUCCUCCGGCCAUCAAUCAACUGUUCUCCCCUCCGUCGUCGUCAUCGCGCAACGAUGAACGCGGUUCCACGGACAAACUCGCCAUCCCCUCUUUGCUCAACCAUCUGGAUGGCGAUGCGGGCGAGAACAUCCGGCGCCUGGGAUCCCCGUUUAAGAUCGAGACCCCCAAACGGCCCGGCCCAACCCGGCGGAUUCGGCACGCGCCUUCCCUAUCCGACCCAUUUAUCGGCCGGUCCAUGAACCCGCAACCCAAACUGGCGACCCCGGAUUCCCAAGGCCGCAGUCGGGCACGGACAGGCGUGCUUCCGUACGAUCCUACCGAACGGGGCAUCUCCGACGCCGAGCGCAUUCGCCGGCAGAUCUUGAAUUUGCCCUACACGAAACAGUAAGGCUGGCCAGAACCGACAUUGCCCAACCGCUUAGAGGGCGGACGGCGUUGGAAUCUGGUUUCGCCAUACCCCAUGGUGUCAACGUGUUUUGAUAUCCCUUUUUUUAAUGAUUUAGAUGAUGCGCUUGGACUUAGAUCCUUCCCAUCAAGUGAUCUAAUGACCGAAAUGGCCCUGACGAUAUUAUGAAUGAGAUAAAAACAACACAAGAAGAAAACGAGAAAUUGAAAAAAAAAGAAGAAAAAAAAAAGAAUACACGAAACCCCAAAACUCUGCUCACCUCGCCAAGACAAGGACGAUAAACAAUCGACAAAUACAGCCCGACACAAAAGUCGUGGACAACACACCUACAGUCUGUUGGAUGAUAAUUGUGUGGUUAGGUACU